AUUACCAUGGUACCACCAGAAUACCAUAGAAAUAUUUUAGUAUCCAUGACUGUAGCAACCAAGAUUAAUUUUGUGGUUACCCUUGUUUUACUGCAAAUAGCAUGGUUAAACUAUGUAUACUGUAGUAAAACCAGGUAUGCACUAUGUACAUUGUAAGAGAGACUUGUGUCCUACUUAUCCUACUGCACCAUUAAUAGUUCAUGAGUGUAACAGCAUGUCGUUCCUACAGUGUUUUUCCACUCUGUCUUUGUUAUAUGAAGCAUCUGGUGUAUGAGGAACAGCUCCAGCAUGAAAAGCGGCUUUAAACACACCUUUGAACUCGUGAUAAAUGCAUGCCCUGCAUAUCAGACGCGCGCUCCCAAGUAGGAACACUCUGCACGUGCCGUGGCUCCGCCCUCCCAGCGCGCGUGCCCGCAGCAUGUCAAAACACGAGCUCACCCGCAAGGGUGGAAAAACACUACAAGAUGAGAACGUAAACACACUCGUUAUCAUUGAUAAAGAUGUUUUGACGUAUUGAGACGUUCAUUGGAAAAGGGUUAAACGGUUACAAAUCAUUUUGAACAGUUUGGUGAAUUAGAUGCAUUGUCUGAUGUAUUUAUAGUCUGUAAAAUCACAUGUUGAUGAGGUUGUUUCCUGUGUUGAGGGUCAUUAAAAGGACAUUCUUCGCUUGUUUUGGAACAAAGAGACUCGUUCUGCUCAUUGUUUUAGCGCAGUAUAAAUAGGAUUAACAGUUGACCAAUCAGCGAGCGAGAAUCUGCUCCGGGCUCUUUAAGGACUGUUUAAUAUUCAUGUUCCGUUGGUGAGAGAGCCAAUCAGCGCUCUGGAGGCGUGUUACUCAUGAAUGUGUGAUUACUGAGCACAGUACUGGAGUGAAGCGCUUCGGUGUUGUUUUGGCUGUAAAGAAAAAGCCUGUUUUGUCGUGUACAUUUUAAUAUAUAUUCGCCAGGUAAUAUCGUACUAAUCAUGCCCGGACAGGAUUCGAUUACUGUGGCGAUCGGUCCGCAGAAAUCAUCUGGUUUUGUCUUAAAGAAGAUCAUGAAUAUUCCGCCUCCAAACAUACUGGAGGGUCAAGACGACGAUAUUGAGAAGGAGAAGCAGAGUGUGGGCAGUGAUGGGGCGUCAGGUGGGGGUGGCAGUGAUGGUUCGGGGGGCGUUACGGCCUCGCUCACCCCCACCAUCUGGGACAAGACCAUCCCGUACGACGGCGAGACCUUCCACCUGGAGUACAUGGACCUGGAUGAGUUCCUGCUGGAGAACGGCAUUCCCGUGACGCUGGAGGAGGAGUUGAGUAAAGGUCUGGAGAUGGAGCGGCGCGGUGGCGAGACAGAUGGGUCCUCCACAACCUCAGAGGAGCUGGCGGCCGUCCCAGAGAUGCUUGAGGAGACACAGAAUGAGCAGGAAGAGGAGGAUACUCUCACUGAUGCAGCAGAACUGGAGUUGACGACGAAAUCCAAAGCUGACGCAGGUCGCGUGACGCCCACCCCGAUCGACCCGGAAGAGAUCGAGGUGAACAUGGCGUUCCAGCCCGACCCCACAGACCUGGUUCUGUCCAGCGUUCCCGGAGGAGAACUCUUCAACCCACGAAAGCAUCGCUUCUCAGAAGACGAGCUGAAACCACAGCCCAUGAUCAAAAAAGCCAGGAAAGUGUUUGUUUCUGAGGAUGCAAAGGAUGACAAGUAUUGGUCACGGAGGAAGAAGAACAACGUGGCGGCGAAACGUUCACGCGACGCUCGCCGUCUGAAGGAGAAUCAGAUCGCCGUGCGCACCUCAUUCCUGGAGCGAGAAAACGCGGCAAUGCGGCAGGAAGUGGCUGAGCUGCGGAAAGACUGCGGCCGCUGCAAGAAGAUCAUGUCCCUGUACGAGGCCAAAUACGGAGUGCUGUAAGGGACAAAAUUCAUCAAGACACCGCAAACUCCACUGAAAAAUUCACACCGUUUCCGCAGCUGGGGAUUAUGGGUAAUUCGGGUGCAUUUGGUGGGUGGAUGAGUGGACACUAGAGCACAUGUUUAAUUCAGUAAUGUUUUCAAGAGUGUUAUGUUCAGUGGAAAUCGGGAAGUAAAAGAGGUUUUAAUAGACGCAAGGUCUCUUCUGUAGUGAAAGUGCCGUUGAGAAAAAAAUCCACCCUGAAAAAAAUAAAAUAAAUACUGCGUAAUUUAACCUCACAAAGCAUGAGCUUUACCCAUCAUACCUCAUUCCACUCCUCCCCACGACCCCAAUGUGGUUGCCAGACAGACCUUCACCUCGACUAGCGAUGAAAGUGGCGAGUUUAGAGCUUUAAUCAGUGUGAAAGGGAUGAUGGCGCCCUCUGUGGCGGAACGGAGGAAUUGCAUAUAGCGAUAACCAAGAGUUAAGAGUUGGAGGUCGUUUUUUUUGGUCAUGUUAUCUUACCCUCCAGUUUCCUCCCCUUGUUUGCACUUGACACAUGUCUGUGUUUGUGUACAAACAUGUACAAGAGGUUUUUCACACGCAUGACCCACUAUAGGAAGUAAUUGUUUUGUCUCUUUUCUAUAAAAACGAGUGCUAGGAAGCUUUCAGAGUGCAAGCGAUGACGUCAGUAGGGUCUUUGUGGUUGAUAACAGAGGCGUUGUCUCUCCACCCAGAUGAGUCCUUUGUUUUCAGGACUGUAAAUAUACGCUUGUUUCUCUCCACUGCACAUUUUUAAGGUGUCGUUGUUCUUCCAGAAUGAUAUUAUGUACAAGUGUGAUAUUUCUAUUGUGCAGAUUUUGAGUCUACCUUAUAGUGACUGUAUAACUUCUACCGAGUGCUUCUACUCUUGAUGGUGACAAGCAAAUGUUAUUCAGACAAUAACGAAAUAUUUCUUAGUUUUAACAGGAACGUUUGUGCAGGGAUUUUAACUGUGAGUUGACUAAUCAGCUAGAUUGUUUGUUUUUUAGUUUCAGGGUUUAAUCCAAGGCAAUAAUACGCAAUUCAUCUUUACCUCAGAUUAGAUGUUUCUGCCAAGUGUUGUAAUUUAAUUCUUGUGUUUUUAUUCUUCAUGAGCAGUGCUCUUCUAUGGGGCGCUGUAGAAUCUGGCAGCUCAGCUCUGUUGUGUGCAUGAUAAACGUGCGAUUAAUGGGUCUCAUUUGCAAAAUGGCGUUGUUUAAAUUGUUUGUAAAACCACUUUCAUGUCAAUUUGUGCAACAUCUUUUGUAAAUUGUUACCUUCUGUGGAAAUAGUUUUUAAAACCAUUCUUGCAUAAAUUUUCGCAUUGCAUAAAUUUUACGUUUAAUUUGUCAAAUUCUGUGUAAACUGUUUGCAGAAUAAUUAUUGCGCAAAUUGACACAUUACUUAAAAAUGUGAGUGUCAAAUUCUGUGUAAACCGUUUGCAGAAUAAUUAUUGCGCAAAUUGACACAUUACUUAAAAACUUAAAUUGUCAAAUUCUGUGUAAAUCGUAGAAUCAAGCAGCUCAGCUCUGUUGUGCAUGAUAAAUGUGCGAUUAAUGGGUCUCAUUUACAAAACAGCAAAGAAAGAAUUUAUGUGUUGCGCAAAUUGUCGCAUUGCAUAAAAUUUUACAUUCUGUUUAAAUUGUUUGUAAAACUAUGUUCGUCAAUUUGUACAUUGUCAUCUUCUGUGGAAAUAGUUUUUAAAACCAUUCUUGCAUAAAUCUUCCAUUUAAAUUGCCAUAUUCUGUGUAAACCGUUCGCAGAAUAAUUAUUGCGCAAAUUGACGCAUUACUUAAAAACAUGUCAAAUUCUGUGUAAAUCAUUUGCAGAAUAAUUAUUGUGCAAAUUGACACAUUACUUAAAAAUGUAAGUGUCAAAUUCUGUGUAAACCGUUCGCAGAAUAAUUAUUGCGCAAAUUGACACAUUAUUUAAAAACGUAAGUAAAUUUUCAAAUUCUGUGUAAACCGUUCGCAGAAUAAUUAUUGUGCAAAUUGACACAUUACUUAAAAACGUAAGUAAAUUGUGAAAUUCUGUGUAAACCGUUCGCAGAAUAAUUAUUGCACAAAUUGAUGCAUUACUUAAAAACGUAAGUAAAUUGUGAAAUUCUGUGUAAACCGUUCGCAGAAUAAUUAGUGCGCAAAUUGACACAUUAUUUAAAAACGUAAGUAAAUUUUCAAAUUCUGUGUAAACCAUUUGCAGAAUAAUUAUUGUGCAAAUUGACACAUUACUUAUAAACGUAAGUAAAUUGUGAAAUUCUGUGUAAACCGUUCGCAGAAUAAUUAGUGCGCAAAUUGACACAUUACUUAAAAAUGUAAGUGUCAAAUUCUGUGUAAACCGUUCGCAGAAUAAUUAUUGCGCAAAUUGACACAUUACUUAAAAAUGUAAGUGUCAAAUUCUGUGUAAACCGUUCGCAGAAUAAUUAGUGCGCAAAUUGACACAUUAUUUAAAAACGUAAGUAAAUUUUCAAAUUCUGUGUAAACCAUUUGCAGAAUAAUUAUUGUGCAAAUUGACACAUUAAAAACGUAAGUAAAUUGUGAAAUUCUGUGUAAACCGUUCGCAGAAUAAUUAUUGUGCAAAUUGACACAUUACUUAAAAAUGUAAGUGUCAAAUUCUGUGUAAACCGUUCGCAGAAUAAUUAUUGCGCAAAUUGACACAUUAUUUAAAAACGUAAGUAAAUUGUGAAAUUCUGUGUAAACCGUUCGCAGAAUAAUUAGUGCGCAAAUUGACACAUUACUUAAAAAUGUAAGUGUCAAAUUCUGUGUAAACCGUUCGCAGAAUAAUUAUUGCGCAAAUUGACACAUUAUUUAAAAACGUAAGUAAAUUGUGAAAUUCUGUGUAAACCGUUCGCAGAAUAAUUAUUGUGCAAAUUGACACAUUACUUAAAAACGUAAGUAAAUUGUGAAAUUCUGUGUAAACCGUUCGCAGAAUAAUUAUUGCGCAAAUUGACACAUCACUUAAAAACGUGUCAAAUUCUGUGUAAACCGUUUGCAGAAUAAUUAUUGCGCAAAUUGACGCAUUAUUUAAAAACGUAAGUAAAUUUUCAAAUUCUGUGUAAAUCAUUCACCAAAUUCUUACAUAAAUUGAUGCAUUGCGUUAAAACUUACAUUGUCCCAUUCUGUGUAAAUCAUUUGUAAAACAAAAGCGAAGAUUGGUUUACGAACGAUUUACGAACGUGUUUUAUGAAUGAGGCCCAAUGUGUGAGAUGGCACAAAAACAUGGGAAUUGUUUAUUAUAAUUUUUUUUUUACAUUUCUUGAUAAAGAAUCUGUAUAUGGUUCAUCAGAACCACAAGCGUUGUUCUUCGCUGGUAUUCCAGACAACAUGAAAGGGACGUAAGUGUUUAGGGAUUAUAUUUUGAAAUGGAGGAAAAGCCAUAGUAGGCUUCCCGUUUUUAAGCGAUGGAUUAAAGCUGUCACGGUUGGUUUUUAACGUGCAUAAAAUUCACAUCACAAAGUGUACUUACAUUUUAAUUUUUCUGCUAAAAACGAACAAAACAGAAUUUUAGGCAAAAUAAUGUAUGUAAUUCGUUCAAAGGAUUGUGUUUUUGUGAACCGGUUCAAAAACGCACAUUUACAGGCAAAAAAAGAUUGUUUAUCGACUGAGUGGUGCGUGGAUGCUGAUGUCAUAGCGACUGUGCAGUGGGCGUGUCCUUCCCUUCCACACCUAGGUAAAAACGCAGUGACUGUUGCAUUCUUUAAUGUUUGUUUUUGUUGUUUCUUUUUCACUUUACAUGUUUAAAUUAAUGUAUUCUACAAGCCAAACACAUCUAGAACUUUCUACUGUCAAUCAGCAUCACUGUGUUCAGAAUUUACAAGAACGAAACUUUGCUGGGUUUGUUUGUAUUUUUUUGUUUUUUUUUGUUUGUUAUUUUACGGCCAGUUUUUUUGUGACAUAAAGUUAAUGCGAGUUCUUAGUCUUACUCUGUUUUUUAGUUGUGACGUUGUACAAAUAAUUGGCCUUUUACAUUUAGUUUAAGCUUUAAAUCUGUACGUCAACUCCAGAAGUUGAAUUCUGUGUAGCAGUUGGACUCAGUUAUGCCCAUAUGGAAAUCUGAUAUAUGGACGGUGCAUGUAAAAUGCAUAUGUGGAUGUACAAAAUGACCGGAGUUUAAUAUAUCAAUCUAUAUCCCCAUAUAUAAAUGUAGCCAUAUAUUAAAUUCCAAUAUUUGUUUGUCUUAAAAAUGGCCAUUGUGUAAUGUUUUGUAAUAUGUUGCAUAAAUAAGAUACAAAUACAUAACAUUUAAUCACUCAUAUCAUAUACUGUACAUCCAUGUAUGUAUUUCGCAUGUAUUGCCUGCCAUAUAUCAGAUGUAUGAGUGUUAACAAAACCAUGUAACUUUUCAUUAUAUAUAUAUAUAUAUAUAUAUUAGUACAUUUUUUAAAAAAGGACUAUAUUUCUUUUUUAAAGAGUGAUGUGUUGUUUUUUAUAAUAAAAAAAAAGACACUUGUUUUCUCUUCCCAUCUGAUAUGGGUCUCGUGUAAUGCAGUAUGUCAUAACUGUAUCAUGCAAAUUAAUAAAGAUAUAAAUGAAUUGA